AGAAGCAGGUGGGGUAGAGAAAGCAGCGGGCAGAGACAAAUAAAAGUCUCCAUUUUCACUCUGCGAAGGCAGCACUUACGCGAAAUGAGGGGUUUUCAUAGACUUCUUUGAAACCAACCUGGGAGGACCAAGCUGCAGCCUUUUUCUUGGCAAAGGCUGUGGCUGCUUUGUGCUCCCACCCCUACAAUUAGGGCAGAGGCCACGUCGCUUCCUGAAACAAGAUCUGCACUUUAGCCCUUAGCUCUGGGCGGGACCCAGUUGCUGCUGUGGCAGUGGCGUGGUCGGAGGGACAGGACAGCCCACCAAGGCGGCACAGGGACAGUGUGCAGAGAUGCCAGGUGGGCAAGGCGCUGGCAUGGCUCUAACCCCAGGUGACCGGUCCUGCUUUGCUCCUAGCAACCCAGUGGUCUGGAGAGAGUGGGCCAGGCUAGGAUUCCUGAGCACCUUCCAGAAGGUUGGCAAGACCUUACAUUCAAAGGAGAGAACCUGCUGGGAAGCGAUGCAUCAGCGGACCACUUCCAACCGCAAUGUCAUAAAGACCCACCCAGCAUUUGACCUGAGGCCUCACUCUGACCACUACAGGGGUAUGUGGAGCUCCUCGCUGGGCUGGCACAGGCUUUGCAGAGCUGCACUGCUGCCGACGCCCUUGCUACCCCUAUCUUCCUUCCUCACUCCUCUCCCUGCCUCUUCCUGCCCCUUCCUUCACCAGCCUCCCCUUGUGAGCCUCCUAACUCUGUCUUGCCUUUGCUUCCCAGAGAACCUGGCCUGACGGGGCAGCAGGUUUUGAGCAAGGGCUGGGGGAGGGUGCAGGAGAUCAGUCAGGAGCUGCUGAGGAGCAAAGCUGCAGACAGAUAAGUCUUGGCCGUGCUCUGUUUGAGGGGCCUUUCAACACUUGGAUGAGAUCCUAAUUGUCCUCUGAACCCAGGGGAAAUGAAACUGUCUUGGAUGUUGCUGUCAAGAUUAACAACAGCUGCCAUUUAGUGGGCAUGUGGCACAGGCCAGGCAUGGUGCUAAGCACCCUGUAACAGUCAUUCUACCCAGUCUUCAUAACAAUGCCACUUAGAAAAACGAGGAGAUGGACUCAGAUAGGUUCACAGUGCAGCGUUUCACAGAGAAGCGAGGGCACAGUGGGCAUGAGAGCGGCCCUACACCAGGCAUCUGUCUUCCUGGUUAUUUCAUCUACAGCUGGGUCUCCUAUUCUCAAUUCUCUCCUCCCAGAAAUUUCUGAGCCAUCUCUUAAGUCUUCAGUAUCAACACCAAGCGUUUGCAUACAGGUGCCCACGCACAGGAACUUCCAGGAGCUUCAUGGGCCCAUACGAAUGCUGGCAAGCAUCCCCUGUUCAGUGACAGUCCUGGCAUCCCCAGCUACAAAUAGAGGCUGGAGGAGAAAGCAGGUCCUGGUCACUAGGACCUGGGAUGGCAGGGACCUGGGGAGAAAAGAGACCCCUGCCCUCACCCUGCUUCCCAGGCACUGGGGAGCCAGGGCCUCCUUCUGCAAAAAUAGCUUUUUCUCCUCUUUUAGGGACCAUGGGGCACCUGCUCUGAGUGUCCAGCCGAGGCCCACUGGCCCCCGAAUCCCCUGGGAAGCUCGUGGGCAGAAGCCGGAACACCAUCCUUCCUCCCCGGAAGAAAGCUGGCUUGUUCCAGGAGCACAAAGGACAGCCAAGGGGCCUGACAAGCUGUGCAUGCUAAUGGCCCGGGGGCUCCGAAAGCAGGCUCUGUGUUGGGGGAAGGCAGCAGCUGGGGCUCCUGCCCUGUGCUGGCCCUGGCUAGACCCGGAGUGGAUGGCUGCUGUGCUCCCCCUCUUCCAGGGAAGGGCCCUGGACCGGAUGCCUCCCCAGGCGGGCCCAGUCCUCCCCCAGGCCACGCUGAGUCACCUGUGCCCAGCACGUGGGGACCCAGGCGAGCAUCUGUUGCAGGCAGCACACCGUCUAAACAUCCGUGCAAACUUGGACCAACAGGUCCUGUUGAAAUGUGCUAACCAUCUGCUUUUCCUUAGCUGUUUUUGAGCA